AUGAGGCUCCUUAAGGUCCUUCUGUCUGCUCUCUCUCUCAGCUUCCAAGUAGCUGCUCUUCCCUCAAACUCUGGUCUCGAAAAACCUCGUCUCAAAGCCCGUUGUACCAAUUCAAACACCGGCCUCAACAAUGGCACCGAUACCAAUGACACCAACCACGCACCAGGAGAUGCCACUGACAUACUUCCCAACCCAGGUCCCAACCCCUCCAGUGGAAACUACCGCUCAAUGGUCUAUUUCGUGAAUUGGGCCAUCUACGCCCGAAACCACAACCCCUCAGACAUCCCAGCCUCCCAUCUAACCCACAUCCUAUACGCCUUCGCCAACAUCCGCCCCGAAACCGGCGAGGUGUAUCUUUCCGACACAUACUCUGACUUAGAGAAACACUACCCGGACGACUCGUGGGACGAGCCGGGGGGUGCAACCAACAAUGUCUACGGCUGCGUCAAGCAGCUAUUCCUGGUUAAGAAGAAGAAUCGACACCUCAAGGUGCUCCUUAGUAUUGGUGGCUGGACUUAUUCAAAGAAUUUUGCAGCGCCGGCGAGCACCGAGUCCGGACGGAAGGCUUUUGCGAGCUCUGCCGUGAAACUUAUGGGGGAUUUGGGAAUGGAUGGGGUGGAUGUUGAUUGGGAGUAUCCAGAGGACGACGCACAGGCGAACAACCUUGUUGAGCUCUUACGUGAGACGAGGGAGGAACUAGACCGCUACAGCGCGGCCCACGCACAGGGAAGUCCCUUCCUCCUCAGCGUUGCCUCUCCAGCUGGCCCAGCAAAAUACACAGUCCUCCACCUGCAGUCCAUGGACAAACAUCUCUCUUUCUGGAACCUCAUGGCCUAUGACUACAGCGGCAGCUGGGACACGAUAACAGGACACAGCGCAAACCUGUUUCCCUCCGGCUCCAACCCCCCAUCUACACCCUUCAACACGGAUGCGGCUAUAAGCGCAUACAUCGCGGCCGGAAUCCCGCCCUCAAAGAUAAACCUCGGAAUGCCGCUCUACGGCCGCUCCUUUAUAGGCACAGAUGGGCCUGGAACAGCCUUCGAGAACGUGGGCUAUGAAGGGUCCUUCGAGCCUGGCAUUUGGGAUUAUAAGGCGCUCCCGAAGGCAGGGGCGGAGGUUGUGGAUGCUGGAGAUGUGGGUGCAAGCUUUAGUUAUGAUCCCGCGAAGAGGGAGGUCGUUAGUUUUGAUUCUGUGGGGGUUACUAAGAGGAAAGGUGACUAUGUGAAGGAUACUGGGCUGGGGGGUGGGAUGUGGUGGGAGAGCAGUGGGGAUCGGAAGGUGGGGGAAGGGGGCAGUUUGAUUGAGACGCUCGUCGACACGCUCGGCGGCGUAGACGGCCUCGACAAAUCCGAGAACCACCUUGACUAUCCGGCUUCGCGAUACGAGAAUUUGCGGAAGGGGUUUACGUGA